GUGAUUUUGGGACGUUUGCCAACACUCACAUUUGUAUACGCGUAAAAUCGCGCAGACUUUUUUGUUGUGCCGUGGAAUGUUUGGUAAAAGUGCUAAUUAGGCGAGGGAGACCAUGUAAAACUGGGCGUAACCCACAGAAUUAACUUUUCACUCGGAGGAUGUACUUUCCCGUGGGCUGGCCCAAGCGGGUGGGCCUGGCGCUGCCCGGCGAGAGCGCCAGCAUCCGGCACAUCUGCUGCGACGCGGUCAAAAUACUCGUGGCCGCCGUGGGCGAUGACUUCCUUGGCAUAUGGUACGCGAACCCGCUCAUUCCCAUCGCCUACUUCCGACGGACGGAAGACUCCCUGCGGCAGUACGGCGGUAACCAACUGAUCGUGUGGAAGCCGGACUCGCGGCAGCUGGCCCUGCUCACCGCCUCCGGCGCCCUGUUGCUGUACCAACUGGACUUCGAUGCCAACGGAAGUGGGAUCCUUCUGCAGGUGGAUCCACCCGCCGCGAGCCUUAAGCGCGACUCCGCCGAGCUGUUCAUUAAGGAGAACAUUCCCCGGCUGAGCGUGCGCGAGCUGUGCAGCGUUACUUUGGGCUCCGUCAUCACAACUGUGUGCUGUAUCAGUCUCAGCGAACUGCUUCUAGCAACCCAAUCCUGCGAACUGCUGCGUCUUCAGUGGACUCAGUUGGAGCACGCGGAGAACGAUCUGGAGCUCCCAGCCUUAGCUGCCAUUAAGCUGCGCGACAUUCCCUUUUAUGUGCAGCAGCAGCCACAGCAGUCGUCUGCCCGGAGCGUUCCGCCCUUGAGCAGGGACUCCUACGUAGCCUCGUUGGAAUACUCUCCGUUCAUCGGAGGCUGUGCGGCCGUCUUCAGCGAUCGCCGUGCCGCCUUCCUAAUUGCCAACCAUCUGAGAUUCGAGACCGACCACAUGCACGGCUUCUGGGUGCCGGACGUGGAGGAUGCGAGCGUCUGCAGCGUGAACCACAAGUUCAGACUGUUGGCCUACGGCCAGGAGAGCUCCGCGGUUAAUGUUUAUGCAAUAGAUGAUGCCACCGGAGGUCUGGAGUUUUCGCACCGCCUCAUGCUCACGGAGAAUGUGCUGCCCGGCAGUCUGGGUUCGGUGAACGAGCUAAAGUGGAGCCCUGACGGCUGCGUCCUGGCCGUUAGUUGGACGAAUGGCGGUCUGUCCCUGUGGAGCACGUUUGGAGCAUUGCUGAUGUCUACUCUAAGCUGGGACUUUGGCCUCAACGUAGACUUGGUUCGCCAAAAUCCACUCAAACUCCGCCGCCUGGAAUGGUCCACCGAGGGCUACCAACUUUUCAUGCUGACGCAACAGCCGCCGGAGAGGGAGGAAAAUGAUAAAAGCAAUGUGCUGCAGCUACAGUUUGUAAAGAGUGCGUUAAGCAUGAAUCCCUGCAUGACGACAAAUCCGCACAUCCUGCUGCAGGGCGACGACUGUCUGUAUCUCAACCAGGGCAAUAACUUGGAGCUUACGUACGCCGGCAGCCAGGCCACAUUCCCCUCAAGCGGUGCUGGCUCGAAUGAUACGAUGUCCGGCGACGGAGACUGCCUCGAGUUGAAACAGAGCCCGCAUACGGGCAGCAUUCUUACGGAAAGUAAGUAUUGGACAGUGUUGCAGCUACCUUUAAACUACGCGGCCACCAACUGGCCAAUCCGAUAUGCUGCAAUUGAUCCGGACGGACUGCACUUAGCGGUGGCUGGACGCACUGGACUGGCGCACUACUCGCUGGUGACCCGACGCUGGAAGCUCUUCGGCAAUGAGUCGCAGGAGAAGGAUUUUGUUGUCUCCGGAGGUCUUCUCUGGUGGCAUGGCUUUGUGGUCAUGGGCUGCUACUCACUUCUGGACCGCACAGACGAGCUGCGUUGCUAUCCGGCGGACUGCAAACUAGAUAACCAGUACGGCCAUAAGCUGCAGGUGCGUGCGCCAGUAAUCAGCCUAAACUCAUUCCGGCACCAGUUGAUUGUGCUCACAGCCGAUGGGAUCGUGAGCCUGUUCAACAUGUCAAAAAAGUCGGCCUAUGCAUUGGAUAUUCAGUGUGCCUAUGAACUGGAUGUGAAGAGCAUCUGCAUCCACCCCGCAUGCAUUGUGAGUUUGACCGUGACGAACCUAAAGAAUGAGCUAAAACCACAGGGUCAGCAGCAAGGUGGAGAGCAAGCGGAGACUAUAAUCGUGAAUGUUUGCGGGCGCAUCUUGAUGAUCCAACGCGACGCCAGCGAACAGGUUCCCAACACUUUGCUUGCCACGUGCUUGGCUAGCUGCGUUGAAGUGUUUUGGCUCUCGCACUCCCUGGAGCGCUGUGCUAUGCGCGACUGUCUUUGGCUUUACUCGGGGGCCCACGGUAUGCGAGUGUGGCUUCCCAUUCUGCCACCAGGAAGGGAGCGACGCGAGGGAGAGCAAGGCGGUGCUCAGCGUAUGCACAGCUUUAUGUCCAAGCGGAUCAUGCUGGGAUUUCCGCUUAAACUUUAUCCGUUGGUCGUGCUCUUCGACAAUGUGAUUGUGCUAGGUGUGGAGAACGAAAGCACGCUUUAUGCCAACGAGCAGGGCUCCCACUUCUCACUACCAUUUGCUGUGAUGGAGCGCAAGUCGCAGAUCUAUCUGCACAAAGUGCUUCGCCAGCUGAUCAAGCGGAAUCUUGGAUACUCAGCCUGGGAGAUCGCGCAGUCGUGUCGCUCAUUGCCGUACUUUCCACACGCCCUGGAACUACUCCUGCACGAGGUUCUCGAAGAAGAGGCCACUAGCAAACAUCCCAUUCCGGACGCCCAGUUGCCUAGCAUUCUGGAUUUUAUAAGGGAGUUCCCCGUCUACUUGGAGACAAUUGUGCAGUGUGCCCGCAAAACAGAGAUCGCCCUAUGGCCGUAUCUGUUUUCAAUGGCUGGUAAGCCCAAGGAUCUAUUCCAAAUGUGUCUGCAGUCAGAACAGCUAGACACGGCUGCCAGCUACCUUAUAAUCCUGCAGAAUCUGGAACCCUCUGUAGUAAGCAAGCAAUAUGCCACUAUGCUGCUAGACAUUGCUCUGCAGCAGCGAAAGUGGGAGCUAGCCAAGGAUCUUAUCCGAUUUUUAAAAGCCAUCGACCCAAACGAGAUCGACUCGCCGCGCUCCUCGAUGGUUGUGAAUGUAAAAAUUGCACCGCCUCCCCAGGUGAACACACAGCAGCAGGUGAACCAGAAUGCAGAUGCUUUUAAUAUGGUCCUCGGUCCCAUUGCCAGAGAGAGAAGCUUCUCCACCACCGUGACUAGCAACCUGCAAAAAGACAAACAAGCUCCUGGUGCCCCACCAGUAGCUCCUGUGACAGAAACGAGCAGUUCAGGGGCACCUACAGUGGUGCGUCGGCGGUCUACUAAGCAGCGCGAGACGUUCUGCAUCGAUCUGAUUCUCCAGCGCCAUGCACGCCAGCUGCUGCAGAACCACAAACUAACGGAUUUGGGUUAUAUGUGCGCCUAUCUGGACUUUCACCUUGUUAGCUGGCUGUCGCAGGAAUCGGAGCGUGCAGCUAAAUUGGACGACUUUGCCGGAGCCCUGCAGGCACUACACUUGGAACUGCAGCUACCCAGCCCGUUUCCGACUUCGGUAAAGGACGAUUUUGCCCAGCUACGCGUCAGUCUUCGGCAGACAGGUGGCGGGGGAUCUUCACAGACGUCGGAAUCUGGCUACUUUAGUCUUGCCACGCCCAAUGGGGCUGCAACGCAGUCUCCACAGCUGCAGCCAAGUAUUAGGGAGGAGGAGGAAGAGUUGCAGCAGCCCAGCUCCUUACCAGUGCUGAAGACGCGCUCAGGCUCACAGCUUUCGUUCGACAACUUCCGCUACCGCCGACUCUACUCGCUGCCGGCAUCGGAGGACGACCUAGCUGCCGAUCCGUUACCCGAGAAGCUGUCCAUCAAGCUGCGUUAUCUGUUGCAGCUAUUUAUCGAGGCUAACUGCACGGACUACGCGCUGGUUCUUUCCAUUCUGCUCCAAGAUGCGGCCUCCAUCUCUCGAAUUGUUAAUGGAAUAAUCCGGAGCGAGUCUGUUCACACCUGUCGGCGCACGGAGACAGCCCUUAAGCAAUUAAGUCAGAGCACCUUUGAACACAGUGGAUCUUUGUACCGGGGAUUUGUCCUCACUUUGCAGCCUCACGUUUACUUGCUGGAACAGUACAUACAGUCGUUGGGGGAGACCGCCUGCUCACCGCUCCAAGAUUCCAGCCCGGGCACCGAGCAGGGCGUGGACAUCGCCACUGGACUGGAAAAUGAGGAGGGCGAAUUUGUGCCAAAAUCGCAGCAGGCAAACGGAAACCAAUGGACGUUGGCGGACCACCACCCAAAUCUACAGCGGCUCACGCGGCACGCAAGUCUAGAGUCGAACGGGAACGCAGCGGUGGCCAGCGGCUCUUCCGCCCAUUCAACGCCCACCCAGCGUCAGUUGCCCCGGCAGAACAGCCGCGAGCGGGAGGGCUGUCGCCUCAUGUAAGCCGCUACCCGUUAGCCGUUAUCCGAGAGGUUAAUCCGUACUCCACAUACUCAGCGCAAGGAGGAAGAUACGUACUCUAUACGAGCACUUUUUUUUCCGUGGUGGAAAUCGUUUUGUUGCUGUAAGUCGUUGUUAAAAUUUUCUGUUAAUUGUAAGCCAGCGUACACACUCAGAAACAGGGUUAGAGAAAGGACCGGACAGAAACUCACACGCAGACAACGAAGCGUCGCCGGCUAACCAAAACAAACAACCGUAAAACCGUAUGAAGCAUACGUAACGUAAUCCAUAAUUUAGUAGAUGAAAUUUGCUGCAAUAUUUGUUAAUUAAAAUUAUACAAACAAUAUACUUAAAUAUACAAAUCAAAUAAAAUUAUAUUUUUACUAAUAAAUGAAACUAUUUAACA